UCCGGACAUUCCUGGAUCCGGCGGCGCUGGUGCUCCCUUCUGGAGGGAACUUUCCAGAGCAGGUGGGGAUGGGGAUGUCCGACCGGCACCUGCUCUCGCUGGGUAAGGGGCAAGCUCGGGGAACAACCGCCCGCGGGCACCUCCGGUUUCGGGGCCGGUAUGCAGCCGCUUUGGAGCUUCUGUCUCGACCCGGGUCCUCGGCUCUCCUGCCCCAAUUCGGCAGCCGUCCCGUGCCCCCUCGCUGAGGCCCCGAACGGCCGGAAAACUCGGAUUUACAGGGCGCCUCCUGCGGAAGCCGGGAGACGGCGGGUGCGCCAAGGACCCGGGUGCGCCCAGGGCCCGAAUCUGACUUAGCAGACGGGGGCACUUGAGUGCCCUUUCAGGUCUCAAAGGACGCGCCAGAGCGCAGACGGGGGCCGAGCGGGCGGACGCAGCCCUCUCCAGCGGCGACACGCGCUCAUCUGGGAUCGGGCCGCCGCUCCGUCCGUUCCCUUGCUAAUGCCAUCUUGCCGGAGGCGGUCACGUGCGGACGACAGCAGUGAGCUUCGCCCCGGCCCAGACGCCAGGACUGACUCGGGGACGCCAGUGGGUUUUCGGGGCUCCGUCCACAAUCGAGCACUUUCCUUUUAUUUGGACCCUUGGAUGCCCAUUGACGGAUGCUUGAGACCUUCAAGUAAUCUUCAGAUCAUAGCAGAAUUGUAAGGCCCUCUGUAUGGGAAGGAGAUAGUCCGUGUGCUGUGGACAUGAACGGGGAGCAGCAGCUUGAUGCAGAUGCUGGGUCUGGUGUGGAAGAAGUGGAAUUAAGCUGGGAAGAUUAUCUGGAAGAGACGGGCUCCACAGCAGUUCCCUAUGGAUCUUUUAAACACGUGGACACACGUUUGCAAAAUGGAUUUGCUCCUGGGAUGAAACUGGAGGUGAUGGUGAAAAAAGAUCCUGAAAUCUACUGGGUUGCCACCAUCAUUACCACCUGUGAGCAGCUGCUCCUCCUCCGCUACGAUGGCUAUGGAGAGGACCGGAGAGCGGACUUCUGGUGUGACAUCAGGAAGGCUGACCUUUACCCCAUUGGGUGGUGUGAGCAGAAUAAGAAGACCCUCGAAGCCCCGGAAGGCAUCAGAGACAAGGUGUCUGACUGGGAGGAGUUCCUGCGGCAGACUCUGAAGGAAGCGUGUAGUCCUCCUGUCCCGCUGCUAGAGGGCCUCCGUAACGGGAGGAACCCUUUAGAUCUCAUUGCUCCAGGCUCCAGGCUGGAAUGUCAAGCUUUCCAGGACACGCUAAGCACUUGGAUUGUUACUGUAGUAGAAAACAUUGGGGGAAGGCUGAAGCUACGCUAUGAAGGACUGGAAAGUUCUGACGACUUUGAACAUUGGUUGUAUUACUUGGAUCCGUUUCUUCAUCACGUUGGUUGGGCAGCUCAACAAGGAUAUGAACUUCAGCCUCCAUUAGCCAUCAGGCAUCUGAAAAAUGAAACUGAGUGGCAAGAGAUCUUGGCCAAAGUGAAACAGGAAGAGGAAGAGCCAUUACCAUCUUACUUAUUUAAGGACAAACAAGUGAUCGGUACACAUUCAUUCUCUGUAAAUAUGAAACUGGAAGCUGUGGAUCCCUGGUCUCCUUUUGGGAUCUCGCCUGCUACAGUUGUUAAGGUUUUUGACGAGAAGUACUUUCUGGUGGAAAUGGAUGAUUUGCGACCAGAGAAUCAUGCAAGGCGAUCCUUUGUGUGUCAUGUUGACAGUCCUGGUAUUUUCCCUGUGCAGUGGAGUCUGAAGAAUGGUUUACACAUCACACCCCCUCCUGGCCACCCCGGCCAGGACUUUGACUGGGCCCACUACCUCAAACAGUGUGGUGCUGAAGCUGCUCCCCAGAGGUGCUUCCCUGAGUCGAUUCCUGAGCACGAAUUUAAGGAGCACAUGAAGCUCGAGGCGGUGAACCCCCUCCUCCCCGAGGAGUAUACACAUUAUUUUCUUCUUACAGUACACAAACAAAGGAAAAUUGCAGUGGUUCAGCCUGAAAAACAAAUGCCAUCCUCGAGGACCGUCCAUGAGGGCCUGAAGAGUCGGGAGCUGAACUCCACAGACUCGGUUAUGAUUAAUGGAAAAUAUUGCUGUCCAAAGAUAUACUUCAACCACCGUUGCUUCUCAGGGCCAUAUCUUAAUAAAGGAAGAAUCGCUGAGCUGCCUCAGUGUGUGGGACCUGGAAACUGUGUUCUGGUUCUCAGAGAGGUCCUCACCUUACUUAUCAAUGCAGCUUACAAACCCAGCCGUGUCCUUCGGGAGCUGCAGCUGGACAAAGACUCUGUGUGGCAUGGAUGUGGGGAAGUCCUCAAGGCCAAAUACAAAGGGAAGAGUUAUCGGGCUACUGUUGAGAUAGUGAAAACAGCGGAUCGGGUGACUGAAUUCUGCCGGCAAACCUGUGUCAAACUGGAAUGCUGUCCCAAUCUGUUCGGUCCACGGAUGGUUCUGGAUAAGUGUUCUGAGAACUGCUCUGUACUUACAAAGACCAAAUAUACACACUAUUAUGGGAAGAAGAAAAGUAAAAGAAUUGGGAGGCCGCCUGGCGGGCACAGUAACUUAGCAUGUGCCCUGAAAAAAGCCAGUAAGAGGAGAAAGAGGCGGAAAAGUGUUUUUGUGCACAAGAAGAAACGCUCCUCUGCAUCUGUUGAUAAUACCCCGGUGGGCUCUCCUCAGGGAAGUGGGGGUGAAGAUGAGGAUGACCCCGAUGAAGGAGAUGACGAUUCUCUGAGUGAGGGCAGUACUUCUGAGCAGCAGGACGAGCUACAGGAAGAGUCAGAAAUGUCAGAAAAAAAGUCAUGUUCCUCUUCUCCCACCCAAAGUGAGAUCUCCACCUCACUGCCUGCAGACAGACAACGGAGGAAAAGGGAGCUUCGGUCUUUUUCAUUUUCUGAUGAUGAGAACAAGCCGCCUUCACCAAAGGAAAUCAGGAUUGAAGUUGCUGAAAGGCUUCACCUGGACAGCAACCCCCUGAAGUGGAGUGUGGCCGAUGUGGUGCGGUUCAUCAGGUCCACCGACUGCGCUCCGUUAGCAAGAAUAUUCCUAGACCAGGAAAUUGAUGGGCAGGCCCUGCUGCUCCUUACCCUUCCCACCGUUCAAGAGUGCAUGGACUUAAAAUUAGGCCCUGCCAUCAAACUUUGCCAUCACAUAGAGAGGAUCAAGUUUGCUUUUUAUGAGCAGUUUGCCAACUGAGAAGGACAACCAAAGUGAGCUGUAUCUUUGAAGCACAAAUGCAGCAAAUCCUUCGCCUGCUCUAUGAGUGGAGCUGAAAUAGUGCUGGGGUGCUGGGCCCUGCAGGUGUCGGCUUGUUCUCUUUGCACUUUCGGGGAAGAAGGUCCCACAGUGAGGAAGCAAAAACUGCACAGAAGUGGCUCCCCUGCCAGUGGAAAUGGGAGCAUCUCUCAUUCAGCAGAUGGCAGUUUUAAAAAAAUAAAGUUGUGAAGCAACGACUCAUACAAGAAGAAGCAGCGUUUCCAGGGGUGUGGCCUAAACAAAGACUAAUCUAGGCUGCAGGAAAGCCCCCUUUUGGGAGUUUUCUUUUUGUUAUGUCCUCUCCUGUUGUCGAUUGAACUUUGUUCUCUGCUUUCUCUUUCUUGGAAAGAGAGGACCUGGCUUUAAGGCAGCACUGAUUUGGGACUGCACCUAAGGCAAACCAGUGCUUCACUGUCAUCGUGGUUUUGAGCUAUUUUAAAUUAAAACAGUUUCUUUUGGGGAUGAUUAUGUGGCUCUGGGGUUUUGAAUGUGCAGUCACACUUGGCCCAGUUUGAAGUCUGUUCUUAGGAGUCCCUUUGUUUACUACCUCUGUUGAGAAUUGAGCUUGCAGCCAUGUGUGAGGUUUUUGUAUGGUGCCAUUUUAAGGUACAUGAACACUAAACUUAUGGCAGAAGUUGGAGGGGGAAAACACUGUUUGCUUCCUCAAAAACAUUGUGUGAGCACUUACACCAGUUCCUUAACUGACCUGAUCUAAGAACUUGACUGUCAUUGUUUUCCAUCUUGACCUAGCAUGGGCUACCUGUUUUAAGAAAUAUCUCAAAGACUGUUGGUAUUUCAGUUUAAUUGCUCUCUCCCCAUUAGUUUUCAGAGGGACUUCAGUGGCUUUUAUUGUGUUUACUUCUCUUCACAGUUGUUUGUCUGUUUCAGUUCUUAAAGUCCUUACUUGGGAUAAAAAUCAGUAGGUAUUUCUUGGACCCACCAUUAGGUCCAUUUUCCCUUUCUCCAUGUCUUGAGACAGGUAGUAUAGAAGCACAAGAAAGAAAACAGGUUUGAGGGCUUAUGCAGAGCAUGGAGUUUCUGUAACUAUUUCCUCAGUGGCUAGAUAAAGACUGAGCGGUGGUUAAGGAUUCUGGAAACCUCUUUGCCUAGUCAGGUUUACAAUUUUCUUCAGUUAAGUCUUUAAAUUGAAUAUAAUUUAUAGUCUGAGGAUUCCUACUCAGUAACGCAGUUUUCUUUUAGGUGUUUCUUUGACCCAGCUCAAGUUGACAUGAAGCUACAGGUGAAUUUCACUUACCAUUGCACUAAUAGCUAUUAUAGGAUAAUAGCAUUUGCUAUACUGGUCCAGCUGUUGAGGAAAGAUUGCUUCCUUUAAAUGGUUUGCUUUGCUGAGGGUAUUUUUAAAAAUUAUCCUAGUCAGCUGCAAAUUUAUAAUAUAAUCAUUCCUCUCCAAGAUUUGAAAAUGUUUUGGAACUACAAACUGGGUAAAUUCCAAACAGCUCUACAAAUACAAGGUAAUACUAUCAAUGAAAAAUGAUUGUGAUUUUUUUCCCCCUUUUCAUUCCCUUGACCCGCACCUGUUUUUAUAGACAUUGGUAAACAUAUUUUAGUUUAGACCCUCUCUUCAUUGGAUAAUUUAUGAACCAUCUUAAUUCAAGCCCUCCAACCAAACCAUCUAUUAAAACAUCAGCUCUUUGUUUAGGCUGCUACCAGAUAUACCUGGAAAGAAGCUUCAUUUAAGCAAAAAUUAAUAUGUUUGACCUUACUCACAGCCCAGCUUUUGAAAAUGUGAUUACUUCUAUGCCCACAGAAGAGAAGCAUAUAUAAGAUGCUUGGGAACAGUUAGCAUUAAGCAGAUAGACUUUGGAGGAGGGCUGUAGCUUGAAUAAUCAAGUCUCCUGAGAGCUCAGCAGUCAAGGCACCAAGGUAGAGGAGAUUCCUGGAAGAUCAAUGGGACAAAAAAAAUCUGGAAUUAAUUAACACUGUUGUCUUAUUUAGGAAAAUGAGGUUUAUUUUCUAUAAGAGGAAAUUCCCACAUGCAACAGUGAACACGGGGUGGGGCAACAGUAGGUUUACAGUUGUUUGCAUGGAAAAUAAUACAAUAAUUAAUAAAUAA